CACAAUUGCUUCAGAGCGGUAACCCCAUCUACAACAUAAAUAUUGUUUUCGUAGCAACCGACGUUGUCUUGUAGCUCACUCUCAAAUGUAUAAAGACCCAGUUGUGUCUUCCAUUUAUGUCCAGACCAGAACAACUAUAACUCCAAGAGGUUGAAGUAAGAUAUGGGUGAACAAGCUUCCACACUUCCUCUUCUUACUCCUUACGAGUUGGGAAAGUUUGAUCUUUCUCAUAGAGUUGUUUUAGCUCCCUUGACUAGACAGAGAUCAUAUGGAAAUGUUCCCCAGCCACAUGCCAUCUUGUAUUACUCUCAGAGAACAUCCAAAGGGGGUCUUCUCAUAACUGAAGCCACGGAUAUUUCUAAGACAGCACAAGGGUAUCUAGAUACUCCUGGUAUAUGGACAAAGGAGCAAGUUGAAGCAUGGAAACCCAUUGUCAGUGCGGUACAUGCUAAAGGAGGUGUCUUCUUCUGUCAGAUUUGGCAUGUGGGGAGGGUUUCAAAUAGUGGCUUUCAGCCAGAUGGACAAGCCCCAAUCUCUUCUACUGACAAGGCCCUAAAACCACAAAUAGGAUCUAAUGGAAUUGACGUUGAGGAAUUCACACCUCCAAGACGAUUAAGGACAGAUGAAAUUCCUCAAAUCGUCAAUGAUUUUAGACUUGCUGCAAGGAAUGCAAUGGAAGCUGGCUUUGAUGGGGUUGAAAUUCAUGGUGCCCAUGGCUACCUUAUCGAUCAGUUUUUAAAAGAUGAAGUAAAUGACCGAACAGACCAAUAUGGUGGAUCUCUAGAAAAUCGUUGCCGAUUUGCACUAGAAAUUGUUGAAGCUGUUGUAAAUGAGAUAGGAGCAGAUAGAGUUGGAAUCAGAUUCUCUCCAUUUGCCAACUAUAUGGAAUCCGGAGAUUCUAAUCCAAUGGAUUUGGGCCUUUAUCUAGUCAAUUCCUUGAACAAAUAUGGAAUCCUGUACUGCCACAUGGUUGAGCCAAGAAUGAAGACACUUGGAGAAAAAAGUGAAUGUCCCCACAGUCUUGUACCCAUGAGAAAGGCUUUUAAUGGUACCUUCAUUGCUGCUGGUGGUUUUGACAGGGAAGAUGGAAACAAUGCUGUGGUUGAGGGUCGUGCAGAUCUUAUUGUUUUUGGUCGGUUGUUCUUAGCUAAUCCUGAUUUGCCCAAGAGGUUUGAGCUUAAUGCUCCUUUAAACAAGUACAUCAGAAAGACAUUCUACAUAUCUGAUCCGGUUCUUGGCUACACUGAUUAUCCAUUUCUUGACAGCAGUGCUUGAGUAUCCAACCGAGUAUGUAAGCUUGAACUCUUAUAUUUUAUUCCUGAAUUGGUCUGCUUUAGAGUCUUCUUGUUACUUUCAUUUCAGGGUAUCUACACUUAAAAAUAAACAUAAAAAUAGUAAAUACCAAGUUGCAGAGGCUGGUUAAGCAGACUGUGUUUCAUAUUGUAAAUUGUUGUACCCUGCAAGUGCCCUGUCAAGUGUCUUAUGGUAGCUUGUAGCUAAGUGAAGAUGCAAACUGAUUGUACAAGAUGAAAUCAAUAAAAAAGUCCUGUCUUUUGACUUGUGCCAACUACUUGUUCUUAUGUUUUUGUGUAUCUUAAUAAUCAAAGAUACCUUAGGAUACUUUACCUUUUGAACUUGUUAACUAUGGCAACUGGAUUUUACUGUUCACAUUUACUUGUAAUGAUAUUUCAUUACAGGGGAGAACUGAACAUUAAGAAUCCAUGCUAUUCCUAUAGCUUCUACGCGUGCAUGAUCCUGAAUUCCUGAUUCUUCAUCAUCAUAUUGGUUCAAAGCCUUGUAUGAACAGGAAGUUUUAUCUUUACUGGUGAUUGUUGAUCUUUGAAAUUUUAUUUUUGAAAGAAUUAGGGAUUGUGAAUUUGAGCAGGUCUAGACUGGAGAAGGUGAAGGAAGCAUGCAAAUAUCUCUUCUAGAUUCCAGACACACAUGAGCCAGUCUUAUUAUUCACAGGUAGAUGUUCUUCUUCACUCUCUACUCAUUGGUUGAACUGUAGUUUCCCCUGAAACUGUAAGAAGUGGGACGUUUCAUUUCAUGAGGAAAUGCCAACUACUCUGCUGGUUGGCAAUUCCUGGAUUGUUUUAGGCAAUUAGGAACGUUAGGAGGGGAUCAUAUUGGAUAGGUUGGCAAUUUAUGGUUAAAUGGUGCAAAUUGAAGGUAUACAGACACAGUUGUCUUUUAUUCAUAUUUUCUUAGAC